CAAACUACCUAAACCUGAUCUCCACUAGAGGUCAGUGUUACAAACAUGGCCGCGCUAACAAAUAUUGCGCAGGUUGCGCAACGACUGCCAUUUGCAAGAGAAGCGGCACACUCCCAAAAACGACUGUUCUGGCAGUGGCUGAAUGCUGUAUUCAACAGAUAUGACCAAGACCGUAUCAAGGAGAUCGGGCCGGACAGAGCGGCAGCAGAGUGGCUCAUACGAAGCGGAGCCUCUGUCAGAUGGAGCGGAGCUAUCAAGUUUCACACCGACUAUAACACACUGCCGACCACGAGCUCAAGCGCUUACAAGAUAGAAGAAAUCGACGCGACCGACUCGUCAAUUAUGGAGAUAGGCUUUCCUUACCUGAAGGAACUGACUCACCUGAAAUCAAUCAACUUGACGCGCUGCAACUUUCUCGGAGAUAAGGCGUUGCAAAUGUUGCAACUUCGCAAGGAUAGUCUAGAGAAAGUGCACGUCAUCAGCUGCGGAAACGUGACAGACGCUGGAGUGAAGUCGCUGUCAGAGCUCGCGAAGUUGCAUUAUCUAGAACUCUUCGACCUACCUGGAGUUCGCGACCGUGAAGGGGUUCUCCAACACUUCAGCCAACUGCUUCCGACCUGCAAGGUUGACUACCCCGAAGUGAACGAAACCACUAAGCCAAAAAAGUGAUCACGUGGAUGCGCUGUGCAGCUCAUCCCGUUUCCGAAACAGAGUAGAUACUUGCAAUGAGUUUAUUCACAUAUUUACAACGGAAAAUAAAUAAAUGUCACUCAA